AUGUCUCCUGUCAAAAGAAAGAGAAAAUCGAGAUCACCUGCAACCCGCUCGUGGCGGCAUCGCCUCGCCGCCGAUGCUCUGAAGUCACGUCGGGCUAAACCAAGCCACCAGUACCCCGCCUGGACAACGAGAGAUACUGAUCUCAAGGAGGCUCAAAGCCUAGAGCUGCUGAAGAUCGCUGUGCAUGUCACGCUCGCUUUCGUACUCUUUGUGCGUGAGCUUCUGCCGGAAGAGGCAUUCCGGGAUCGAUCACUCAGCAAAGCAAAGGUCGGACACAUGCGCACCUAUGAAGACUUCCUCUCUGGAAACCAAGGCAGCUUCCUGGCAGGAAGAGAAUCCGCUUCGGUCCAUGCGAAGAAUCUCUUAACCGUAGCCAAAACAGAGCGGUCGGACGGAUUCAAGGACCCCUGGAUUGCAUGGUCUGGCAGUUUCCCCACCCCCGGGUUGGUCCUGGCUGAUCUUUCUCUCCAGCAAGAGAUCGGGGUCGGACUUGCACGCCGCAGGCUUGACACACUGACACUCUACGUGAGGGCAGAAUCCGAGCCCGAUAAUGGGUCGCUUACUAUGCUUGAGACCUACGUCAUGAGAUUUGUGUAUGGUGGGAAGCAUGGGUUUGCAGACGAACUCAAUGGUAUCAUUGACACCAUUCCCGAAUCACGACCACCGAGCGAUAUCCGUAGGUACAUUUACAGAGUGUCUCGAAAGUUGGCCAUGCUCAAAGAUGCUCCAGCGCCUCUCAGCCACCGGCAGCUCCGCAUCGUCAUGACCUACAAAGAAGAAAGCGCCAAACGAGCCGCCGGGCUCGCUUUUUCUCGGCCCCCGCUGACAAUGACGGAAAUGAUAUCCGGGCUUCUGAGCUUGACCAAGACUGGGACAAGCUAA